AUGGAAGAUGAACGCAUGGAACAGCAGAACCCCGAUACAGAACCUGAAUUAUUUAUCCCAGAAGCCGGGCACGCAGAAGAGGAAGAAUCAAUGCUUCUGUAUAUCCUGGCACUACCCAAAAUGGGUCUGAAAAGCCACAGACAAGACGUCUACUCCCCAGCGCUUACUGGGUAUCUAUAUGAACACAGCGAUUCAAGGCAAGUGAACGAUGCUAAUGGAGCAUUAGUUAUCGAUUGA